GUGUCGUAAACCGCCGAGGCAGCAGAGUGUGAGUGCGCAUGCGCAGAAUCUCCGUUUGUUUUGAGUGUGAGCAACAGCUACAAUGGAGCCGAGCUCAGAGUCCAGACCAGAGUCCAGACCAGAGUCCAGACCAGAGUCCAGACCAGAGUCCAGACCAGAGUCCAGACCAGAGUCCAGACCGAUGAAGAGGAGCCUGGACGAGGAUGAGGAGAGUCUGAGUAAGAGGAAGGCAAGUGACCACAGCUCUGAAGUGGCCGAUCACUACAACCGUCUGCAGGAGGUGGGUCUUCAAGUCCGAAGCCAGAGCCGCAUCUUCUACAUGAGGAACUUCAACAACUGGGUCAAGAGUGUCCUCAUAGGGGAGAUUCUGGACCAGCUGAGGAGGUCCAGAACUAGUCCAGUCCGAGUCCUUGACUUGGGCUGUGGUAAAGGAGGAGAUUUACUGAAGUGGCGACGAGGGAAUAUCAGCCACCUGGUUUGUACAGAUAUUGCAGAGGUGUCGGUGGACCAGUGCAGGAGCAGAUUUGAGGAGAUGAAAAAAAAAAGUCACAACAACGACAUGUUCACAGCCGAGUUCAUCACUGCCGACGCCACCAAGGAGCCCCUUUGGCCCCGGCUGGCUGACUCCACGCUGACCUUUGACCUGUGCAGUUGUCAGUUUGUGGUUCAUUAUUCGUUUGAAUCUCGAACCAAAGCUGAAAUUAUGCUGAAAAAUGCCUGUGAACGCCUCAGGCCCGGAGGGUACUUCAUCGGGACAACUCCCGACGCCUAUGAGCUCAUGAGACGUGCAUCCCUGUCCCAGGACCUGUCCUUUGGCAACGAGGUGUUCAAAGUCCGGUUUAAGUCCAGAUCUCCUCCGUCUCUGUUUGGCGCAGAGUAUCACUUCAGCCUCGAGGGUGUCGUUGAUGUGCCCGAGUUCAUGGUCUACUUCCCCCUCAUGACCAGGAUGCUGGAGAAGUUGGGGAUGCGACUUAUUUUGAAAAGUCGGUUCAGUGAGUUUUUUGAGGAGAAGGUGAAAGAUGAGCAACAUCGCAGUCUGCUGCAAAAGAUGAGCGCUCUUGAGCCGUUUCCUGCCGCCGACGGUCGCCAGGCAACCAACUCCGAGGGCGAAUACAGUCACGUGACUCCGGGAUCAAGUGACCGGCCCCUGGGCACGCUCAGCCGCUCCGAGUGGGAGGCAGCCAGUAUCUACUUGGUGUACGUGUUCCAGAAGAUGGAGCCCUCGCUGUGAACUCUGACUUCCUGUUGGGCAGCAGCAGUUUUGUAAAUAAAAACUUCAAAUGUGA